AUGAAAUCGAUCAUUGUCUUGGUCACGGUUUUGACCAUUCUUUUCACGAGUUUCACAAUCUCUCAAGCUACUUCUCGUACCACAAUCUUCCACAAGCCGUCGAUGGUUGAUAAACAUGAGCAGUGGAUGGCGCGGUUUUCUCGCGUCUACCGCGAUGAGCUCGAGAAACAGAUGAGACACGAUGUGUUUAAAAAGAACUUGAAGUUUAUUGAAGACUUCAACAAGAAAGAGAACAAUGGCUACAAGCUUGGUGUCAAUGAAUUCGCUGACUGGACCAACGAGGAGUUCCUAGCAACACACACUGGCCUAAAGAAUAUAACUCGAAUCUCCCCAUCUAAGGUAGUGGACAAAACAAUUUCGUCUAGGUCAUGGAGCGUCAGUGACGUGGUGAGCGAGAGCAAAGACUGGAGAAGUGAAGGAGCUGUCACUCCUGUCAAGUACCAAGGCCAAUGCGGAUGUUGCUGGGCGUUUUCGGCUGUAGCAGCAGUGGAAGGUGUGACUAAGAUCUCCAGCGGGAAACUUAUAUCUUUGUCCGAACAACAGCUUCUAGACUGCGACAGAGAGUACGACCAAGGCUGCAACGGUGGGAUAAUGUCGGAUGCUUUCAACUAUAUAAUCCAAAACCAAGGCAUCGCUUCGGAGGAGUCUUACUCUUACCAAGGAUCAGACGAAAGAUGCCGGGUCAAUGCAAGACCCGCUGCACGGAUCAGCAGUUUCCAGUCAGUUCCUAGCAACAACGAGCAGGCCUUGCUCGAGGCCGUGUCGAGGCAACCCGUCUCUAUCUCGAUGGACGCAAGUGGGGACGGGUUCAUGCAUUACUCAGGGGGAAUAUAUGACGGGCCUUGUGGAACCAGCUCGAAUCACGCGGUUACGUUUGUUGGGUAUGGAGUGGCACAGGACGGGACGAAGUAUUGGCUGGCUAAGAACUCUUGGGGUGAAACUUGGGGAGAAAAUGGUUACAUGAGGAUCCGUAGAGACGUGGCUUGGCCUCAGGGCAUGUGUGGUGUAGCCCAAUAUGCUUUUUAUCCGGUUGCAUAA